AUGGCAGGAAUGUCCAAAAGAGAACGAGAGAGGGCAACAAGCUUUGAAGCACAGUCAGCGUCAAAAAAGCAGUGCACCAAUGGCAUGGAAGAUAUGCGUCACCUUAGCACGUUCCUAUAUUGUUUAACUUUACUAACUUUUCGUGUGAUGGGCUUGAAGAGAACAACAAGGCGCCAAAACCUAAUGAAGGACGGUGAUCGCACCAACAAUAAACCCGUUCUGGCGAGCGUGGAAGGUAUGAAUUUCCUUCACCGCUUACCCGUUGUUGUUGUAAUGAUAGCUGUCAAAGACGCCAUGCGUGAGAACCCCAUGGCCAAGACGCUCAACGCUACCAUUCGUUUACGUUUGGUAUGGAUUUCCCGUCACCUGUACAACGCAACACACCUUUUGCGGCUUCAUUUGGUAGACGCUGAUGCCCCCGAGACGGUUGCCGAGCUCCAUAAGACCUUCAAAGCGAAUUUCGAUGAAAAGCCGCAAUAUGUGAACUCGGUCUUGCUCACGGCAACAGUGUUCAACGCUGAGCGUAUUUCGGACGACGCCCUACCGAAUAUGGCACUGUCAUCCAAAUCAAGCAUUGCACGCGUCCGGAACUCUACCUGGACCAGGAGGCCCAGUUGGUGA